AUGUGGACGGCUGCUUUUGUCACGUUGACGGGAUCAUCUGUAUAUAGGCGUUCAGCGCUCUCACCUCUGGUCAGCGGACGAGCGACAGCAUCACCGAGCUUUCAUUCGAGGUGGGCGCGCUUCGGUGUCAAAAGUAGGCAGCGAGGUCGGCAAUGCGCACGCGCGACGCUCCAGUGUCUCCUAGAACCGCUAGGAUUCUUGAAUGUAGCAGCUGAGGAGGCAGUGCAGAAUCCGCUGGUUAUCCAACGCAUCGCGGACUACUUCAAAACGUUGUCCAUACCGGAACCAGUUGUGGAAUAUGGGCACCCUGUCAUGAUGACCAUCAUGGUGGCGGCUAUGGGCCUCGGAGGCGCUUACCUUGGUUGGGCAGGUCGCUUGAAUCCUGACAAGCGGGCAGGAGUGAAACAGAAGCAGACACAUGCCACAGUCAUGGGAGCAUUCACCCUGCUCGCGUUUUUAGGGGCCUCCGGCGGUAUGCUCUCUGUCGCAAUGCAGGGCUUCCCGGUUGGUCAAUCUGCACACGCGCUGAGUGCGGUGCUUGUGCUGGUCUUACUUUCUUUCAACGGCAUCUACGCUGGGACUGGGUUCGGUGCCGGCAGCAAACGCGGGCGAGAAGCGACGGAAGCAGCUGCACAGGGCCGUCGUGUGCACGCGUACCUUGGUGUUGCGAUCGUGGCCGCUCUGCUCCUGCACGCCUUCCUCGGUCUGCAGAUGAUUAUUGGAAGUUAG